GCUGGGUUGUUUACAUCCCCACAAAAAAAGUGUCGAUCAUCCGACUGGAGCGGAAAGAAAUUAUUUUUUUUAAAUAUCUCCAGUUAAUCUUACGCGGAGAAAUUAUUCCCGAUAAAAAUAAAAGUCAAAUUUUUUAGUGAAAAAUAAUCGUAUCAUGAAAGUGACUGUGACCACGUUGAGCGAUGACAUCUUUGUACUCGAUGUCAGCGAGGAGCUGGAGCUCGAAAAUUUCAAGGCGUUCUGCGAAAUUGAAAGCGGUUUUCCGGCCCAUGAAAUCGUGAUUGCAUUCAACGGUCGUCCGUUAAUGGACGACAAAAAACCUCUAAAGGAGCAUGGAAUCAAAGACGGGGAUGUGGUCAUUUUACAGCACAUGCAACAGAGCGGUUCUGGACUUAGUUUGCAGGCGUUCGAUGGAGCUGUACCUACGUUGGACUUCAGCGCGAUUAGGAUUCCUGGAUCUUCAAGUAGAGCCGCGCCAAGUUCAAGCGGAGCUGCAGCACCGCAGAGACCUCAGAAUUCACGUAGCGAGGAUGACCCUGUUAUGAUCAGAGACAUGUUCCUCGCUAAUCCAGAUCAGCUAGCUUUACUUAAACAAAAUAAUCCCAGGCUAGCAGAUGCUUUACUUUCUGGGAACAUUGAAAGGUUUUCGAAUGUCUUAAAGGAACAAAUUAAAUCACGCGAAGAACGCCAAGUCCAGCGUGUAAGGAUGAUGAACGCAGAUCCUUUUGACACAGAAACUCAACGACUUAUAGCAGAAGAGAUAAGACAGAAAAAUAUCGAGGCAAACAUGGAGGCAGCUAUGGAAUAUAAUCCUGAAACAUUUGGGACUGUAGUUAUGCUCUACAUAAAUUGUAAAGUAAACGGUUUUCCGGUGAAAGCGUUUAUUGAUUCAGGUGCUCAAACUACAAUUAUGUCUGCCGCGUGUGCAGAACGUUGUCACAUAAUGCGUUUGGUGGAUUCGAGGUGGGCAGGUGUGGCGAAAGGUGUAGGAGUGCAAAAAAUCAUUGGCCGUAUCCAUAUGGUACAGAUACAGAUAGGUCAAGAUCACCUGACGACAUCUUUCAGUGUGCUUGAAGAACAGCCAAUGGACAUGCUACUUGGUCUUGAUAUGCUCAAAAGACAUCAGUGUUGCAUCGACCUGAAAAAAAACAUACUAAAUAUUGGUACAACUGGAACUGAAACUCCGUUUUUAACUGAGGGCGAACUACCAGAAUGUGCAAGGCUGAGUGGAAAUAGUGAUGAAUCCUUAGACGACAGAGAUUUGCAAAGAGCAUUAGAAGAUAGUUCAAAGGAUGCUAAAAAACAAAAGCAGCAGGACGGGCCAAGCGCAAGUAAUAGUCCAAUGAAUGUCACACCAUCAAUGUCGUCGAGCACGACAACAACUUUAGAAACAACCGUUCUUCCACAUGACCCCUUCACAGAUGGUACAGUAAAAGAGAUUGAAGCCUUAGGUUUUACACGCGCGCAGGUCAUUUCAGAAUUACGUCGAUUUAACGGAGACAAGGCUCAAGCUACAGCUGCGCUGUUUGCUAAAUCAUUGAAAUUCUAAUAAUGAAGAGGUUAUUAAAUAUUUCGAGGAAUAAUAAAGAACACUAGUGAAAAGAAUCCUUUGCUUGAUAGUCAGUACAAUGUGUGUCGUCAGCAUGUUGGUAAAAAGAAAGUCGUGGCAUAAUAUCAAAUGAAGUAUUCAGUGCCACAUGUUUGAGACAAUUAUGUGAUCAUUUGUACUGGUCGAAUUGAUUCUUUUCGUUCAAUGUGGUAUGGAACGACGAAUAAAUAAGUAAAGAAUGAUUAAUAUAAAGUUUAAGUAUAUGCUACGUACGGCAGCUUUCAAAAUUAUCAUGUAUUUUCCGUAAAUGUUGGCUGCCAUACUUUGAUAAGCCUCUAAAUCAUGCGACUGAACAAUGUAAUUAUAUUUAGCUGAGCCUACGCUAAAAGCGUAACUCACACAAGUAGAAAAGGAAAGACUUCGAUACAAGAGAAAAGAAAA